CCUGAUGUAACAGCCACAGCUUUGGUGAACUGGAUCCUGGAAACAUGUCUGUCUUGCUACAUAUACAGACAAAGGCACAUAGAGGACUAAUCUGUCAAAGCUAGACAGGAAGCAUGUAACUACAGUAUUACAUUACAUACCCCUAAAACUGCUCUGUGUGACUCUUGUUUAUAUUGGAAGAUUGCCAUAGGCCAUUGCUGGAUGGAAGGAGUUAUAAUUCAAUUUUCAGAUUAACCCAUGUUAAAAUCUGUCUGCCUGCGUGCAGAGAGUGUUGGUGACAGCUGUUCCGGGAGGUAAUUUACUGCAGGAAAAGAAACCAGCAAAUGGGGUGGGGCCAAGUACGUCCCCACACAGAGCACCUUCAAUGGCUAUCCUAAAUAGCUGUUCUGCACGAGUGAAACAUUACCUGUUCUCACAAAUACGACAAUUUGACAAUCUACCCUAAGCCUAAUACUGAGUACUACUCCGUGAACCAUUCUAACAUAAACCAGUAUUGAGCAGGUGACCUGCGCAGUGCAUCAUGGGAAACGCGAUCUCUGCUAAGGAUUCAGUUUCAGAGGGACAGGCAGACCGAUUUGGGUCAGUCACAAUACACACGUUUGGAAAUUCCUGCCCAGUGGCCUAAAAUACUGGCAUCUGUGGAGGAGCGAUCCAGAAUCAGGAUGAACGUACUAAGUUCAGGUGACAACAAGAACCUGUCCUUUGUUCUGCAGCAUUAUCUGCCCUUGCCGGAGAAUUUACAGCAAUGUCCACAUCGCCAAAUGCUGUUAGCCUCAACCGAUACUGUCCACAGUAUAAAAUCUGAACACUAUUCACAUACUGCCUGUGGAAGCUAUGCAGAAUGGUUAGCCCUUCCUUAUAAAAUAUAUCAGGAGACUGCCAUUCUUGUUCAGCCUGCAAUUAUCACCUCACCAGAUUUAGACAUCGUUAAAAUCAACAAACAGAUUCUGGUAACAUCAAAAUCCCUAGAAGACUCUGACAUUCCUAACAAAGAGCAAUACUUGGCUAUUUUCCAAAUGGUACAGCUUUCCAGCACCCAUGCUGGAUAUGUUAUUCUGGAACUGGUUUUUCGUCAGCCACAACCGCGUGGUCCCUGUCAGUUUUGUGGACAUGAAGAAUGUGAUAAAAUGAGCACGUUUCUACCAUUGGUUCUCCCAGGUAAAACAGAAAUACAGUGCUUACGAAGCUGUGUUCAUGAGCAUGAAAACAGACAGGGCGUGGAAAAUGGACCAGCCUUCACCACCUCUACAUGUACUUUUGGGGGGCAGUAUGAUACGGACAAUGUGGAUGCUAUAGCUUGUCCAGAAUGGCCUCCAAUGGCAACUCAUUGGCAGUCAAGAGAUCGCCCUGGUAACUGGCCAUCGCCUGCUCUAGUGGACAAAAUCUUGAAAAGUGGUUGUUUGGUUGUUCCAGUCAGCCAUAGCAAAAGCCUUCAUCCUGACUACGAGUGGAGGUUGUCCUUUAGUCAAGCCGAAGUCAGCCUGGCAAGGUCACUGUCUGAUGUUCAAAGGAAGUGUUAUUUGAUUGUGAAAACAUUCUUCAAGACCAGCUUGUGUGAACCAGCUGUGCUAUCCAGUUAUCAUCUGAAGACCCUAAUGUUCUGGCAAUGUGAACAGAUACCAGAAAACACCUGGCAUAAAUCCAACAUGGCUGACUGUGUAAUUGGUCUGAUAGAUUCUCUCCUUAAGUCUCUCUCUGUCAGAAACAUACCUCAUUACUUCAUCCCUGAGCACAAUUUGAUAGACCACAUUGAUUCAAAUGACAUUGAGACCAUCAAGGUCAAAGUUGAGGACUUGAGGGCAAAUCUCUGCCAGCACCUUCUCCAGGGCUUCAUUGCUUUGAUGCCAUGUUGUGUUCAGGGGAAAACUGUAAUCUGUGUCAAAGAAAUCUUUGCUGAAGUUUUCAGACACUGCAGAACAGGAAAUAUCUUGUCUUCAACUGAUCGAAUGUGUUUUCUGCAGAAUCUUGCUGAGUAUUACUUCAUUUUGGGCAGAUAUGACAUAUUUACAGAUUUAUGCCAAGAAUAUGUCAAUAACCAGUCUUCACAGAGUCAGGGUAUGAGUAGACUUGAAGACAGUCGCGCCAAAAAACAGUCAGGGAAAACUGAACAGCUCCAUCUUGACUUCCUGUUAAACCUCGCUUUGAGAAUAACCCCUGAUCCAAGAACAGCCUACAAUUGGAUGGCAAAUCCAAACUUUACACAACACUGUAUUAAUGAGGCAGACUUAAUGAAGAGGAGAAACCAAAUGGUAAGGCUCCAUUAUGCCCUGUUACCAAGGCAUAUCCCGGAUGAACAAGUACUGAAAGUGCUCAGAAACAAUUUUAAAACAAAAAUGAUCACGUUAAUGGCUCAGAAUGAAGGCAAUCCCAAAUCUGCAGCUAUUUCUGCUUACAUAACGUGGCAGCUUGGUGACGUAGAACGAGCCCUUGAGGAAGUCCAGAAAGGACUGGCAAUUCUGUCAAAACUAAAAUCCCAUUCAGGUGAAGUAUUUGUUGAAAGUAAAAGUGAAAGUAUAAGUCUCAUUAGCCAAUCAAACAACCCUUCUCUUGAAGGUGACAGAGGUCAAGAGAAAAAGGACCAACCAUUGGCUGAAAGAAAAGAGUAUUUUGGUUUGACCAAUAGCAUGUAUGCCACACAACUUCACUUUCAGGACAUGUCCUAUUCCCAGAAGUCUUCCUUUUCUCCAAACACUGUGCUCUUUUAUGAUGUUCACAUAAACAGCUUGGAUAAAACUCUUCAAGAAGCUAUCCAAAGGCGAGGAGAUAGAAAUCCUGUAUCUAUGCCAACAGAGUUACUGAUGUUGUACACCAAGUACAAAUGCUUACAGGACAUUGCCGGCACUGAAAUGGUUGACCUCACCAGGCGUGAAAUGCUUGAAACAAUGGAAAGGAAAUAUCCUUAUCUGAAUAUAAAUGAUGUGAACAUGAUUAAAUCUAUUUGUUCCCUGGAUAACAAAUAACAGUUUUCCACAUGCUGUCAUGUAAGAAACUUUACAGAAUGUUCAAACUUUAAUUGUGCUACAUCUCUUUGAUCUACUGAACUCCACAAUCAACAGUUAUAUUCAGAAUAUAAUGAUACAGGCGCUUUAAAUAGCUCCUACAGCUGUAUAUAUAAUAUUUUUGUUCUUCAUUUUAUGUUUAAUGCUUAAAACUGUACUAAAUAUAAAUACAAUUAAAUUUGCCAAAUCUAAAGAAACAUUUUCUUUUUGUAGAAUAUAAUACAUGCCAAAUUUUUAUUUGCCCUCUUGUGAAAUGUAGUUAAGUGUUGCUCUGCAAUUAGCAAUCCUUGUCAUCAGAAACUCUUGUUAUAUGUUUUACUUCUGUGUUCAGAACUGAAUUAUUACCUUAUUUUCAAUAGCCAUUUAAAUAUAUUGAAAUAUGUCUCACAUAAUUUGAAAUAUAAAUUUUAAUGGAUGGCUAAAACAUCACAAUUGUAAUAAAUACAUAUUGCUUUGUAUAUA